AUGGAAGAUAGUCUUCGUAGCCGUUUACCGGAGGAACUCAUCUAUCACGUACUCUCGAAGGAGUGGAAAUCACUGUGGCGUUCAGUCCCGUCCUUGGAUUUCAAUGAUGCUGACUAUGGUACCAGAUGCAAAGCUGCCUAUGGCCGCUUUGUUCAGUCUGUGAAUGCUUUUAUCCACUCACGAGAUGUCCACCAAUCCAUUCAAAAAUUCCGCCUCAGAUUUAUCUCUCAUGAUGAUCCUACUAGUAUAAACAAAUGGGUUAAUGUUGCAGUUCAACGCAGAGUUCAGAAUCUCGAUCUUUCCAUCAUGCCUCAUUGGCUCCUUACACAACCCACCAACUUGUAUACCAUCUUCACUUGCACUACUCUUGUGGUUCUCAAGUUGCAGGGGUUAACGUUGAAAGAGUUGAAACCGUUUUCCUCGGUUGAUCUUCCUUUACUUAAAGUUCUGCAUCUACAAGUUAUCACUUUAUCAGAACGUGGAUGUCUCGCCCAGUUUCUUUCCGGGUGUCCUGUUCUUGAGGAUUUCAAAGCAAUGGAUUUUAUAUACAACCUACAUGAUGAUGAGGGAACAGAACCUUACGUUUUCCCAAAGUUUCACAAUUUGACCCAUAUUGAACUUGUCUACCGCUGCUGUGCUAAUGAUUGGUUGCAGGUAGUGGAAUUGCUCAAGCAAUGCCCUAAGCUUCGAGUUCUUGUCAUUAACCAGGUUCAUGUAUCAGCUAUCCAUUCUAAUGGACAUUUCAGCGAACAUGAACCCGAUAUCCUGAAGAAGGAUAAUACAAAUUUCAUGGGUUCUUAG